CUUUGGGAAAAAGAGAGGAAGAAGAUAAAGAAAAAAUAAAAUAAAAACGAAAAAGAGGGGCCAGAGGAGAGGGAGAAAAGGAAUCACAUGGGCAUUGGUUUGCUGUCUCUCCUCUGGGUCCUCCUCCCUCCUAUUCUCUUUUCUAACUUCCAUUUCUUCUUCAUCUUCUGCUUCGACAUCAUCAGCAGCAUCUUCUCCUCUUUCUUCUUCAUUUCUUUUCUUCAAUGACCGCGAAGUAAUCUAUCCUUACUCUUUCCGCAAUUAGAUCUUUGGGUUUUUUCUCUCUUCCUUUUUUCUUCCUUCUAAAAAUUCUGGGUUGCUCAUCAUGGCUGACAAACAGGAAAUGUCUGCCUCUGUUGUGGAUGGGAACGAUCCAGUCACCGGUCACAUCAUUUCAACAACUAUUGGAGGCAAAAAUGGAGAACCUAAACAGACCAUCAGUUAUAUGGCAGAGCGUAUUGUGGGUACAGGAUCCUUUGGGAUAGUUUUCCAGGCAAAAUGCUUGGAAACAGGGGAAACCGUGGCUAUAAAGAAGGUUUUGCAAGACAGAAGAUAUAAGAACCGUGAACUGCAGUUGAUGCGUGUGCUGGAUCAUCCUAAUGUGAUUUCCUUGAAGCAUUGCUUCUUUUCCACGACAACGAAAGAUGAGCUUUUCCUUAAUUUGGUUAUGGAAUAUGUUCCGGAGAGCAUGUAUAGAGUCUUGAAACAUUACAGCAGUUCAAAUCAAAGAAUGCCGCUUAUCUAUGUGAAACUUUACAUGUACCAGAUAUUCAGGGGGCUUGCAUACCUCCAUUGUGUUGUUGGAGUUUGCCAUAGAGAUUUGAAGCCUCAAAAUCUUUUGGUUGAUCCUUUGAUUCACCAGGUUAAGAUUUGUGAUUUUGGAAGUGCAAAAGUGCUUGUCAAAGGUGAAUCUAACAUUUCGUACAUAUGUUCACGUUUCUAUCGGGCCCCAGAACUUAUCUUUGGUGCCUCUGAAUACACAACCUCAAUUGAUAUCUGGUCGGCUGGUUGUGUCCUUGCCGAGCUUUUGCUGGGCCAACCAUUGUUUCCCGGAGAGAAUGCUGUGGAUCAGCUUGUAGAGAUUAUCAAGGUCCUUGGUACGCCCACUAGGGAAGAUAUUCGUUGCAUGAAUCCCAAUUACACGGACUUUAGGUUUCCACAGAUUAAAGCACAUCCAUGGCAUAAGGUUUUUCACAAAAGGAUGCCUCCCGAAGCAAUUGAUCUUGCUUCACGACUGCUGCAAUACUCACCAAGUCUUCGCUGUACAGCGCUCGAAGCAUGUGCACAUCCCUUCUUUGACGAGCUUCGAGAAUCUAAUGCUCGCCUACCAAAUGGGCGACCCUUGCCACCACUUUUCAACUUUAAACAGGAAUUAUCUGGGGCCUCGUCGGAGCUUGUUAAUAAGUUGAUUCCAGAACAUGUGAAACGGCAAACGGGGUUACAACAUUUCAUGCAUCCGGCUGGGACAUAAAACCU